AUGAGAGUGGCUCCAGAGAAGAUGAUGUGCACGUUGGUCUCUGUUCCUGAAGGCAACGAUAUCUCCUCCAUCUUUGAGUUGGACCCGACCACUCUAAGAGGCGGCGACAGCCUGGUGCCAAGAAACUCCUACGUACGACUGCGCCAUUUGUGUACCAACACUUGGGUGCACAGUACCAACAGCCCCAUAGACAAGGACGAGGAGAAGCCGGUUAUGUUGCGGAUUGGAACGUCCCCUGUGAAAGAAGACAAGGAAGCAUUUGCCAUUGUUCCCGUGUCUCCGGCGGAGGUUAGAGAUCUGGACUUUGCCAACGAUGCCAGUAAAGUUCUCUCUUCCAUUGCUGGGAAGUUGGAGAAGGGGACCAUUACCCAGAACGAGAGGAGGGCCGUGACCAAACUCUUGGAGGAGUUGGUUUACUUUGUAACAGCUGGAGUGAAUUCUGGGCAGGAUGUUCUGGAGGUCCUGGUGAACAAACCCAACCGCGAACGCCAGAAGCUGAUGCGGGAGCAGAAUAUCCUGAAACAGAUCUUCAAGCUGUUGCAGGCCCCGUUUACGGAUGGUGGUGAUGGUCCAAUGCUGAGGCUGGAGGAGCUGGGGGAUCAAAGACAUGCACCAUUCAGGCACAUCUGCCGGCUGUGCUACCGCGUCCUGCGGCACUCCCAGCAAGACUACCGCAAGAAUCAGGAAUACAUCGCCAAACAAUUUGGCUUUAUGCAGAAGCAGAUCGGAUAUGACGUCCUGGCGGAAGACACCAUUACUGCGCUGCUGCACAAUAACCGCAAGCUGCUGGAGAAGCACAUCACCGCGGCCGAGAUCGACACCUUCGUCAGCCUGGUGAGGAAGAACCGGGAGCCCAGGUUCCUGGAUUACCUCUCUGACCUCUGUGUGUCCAUGAACAAAUCCAUCCCCGUCACACAAGAGUUGAUAUGCAAAGCCGUUCUGAAUGCUGCCAAUGCCGAUAUCCUCAUCGAGACAAAGCUGGUACUGUCACGUUUUGAAUUUGAGGGUGUGAACAGUAGCGAGAGCCCUCUGGAAAACGGAGAGGACGAGGAGGAAGUUUGGCUUUUCUGGAGAGAUGCCAAUAAGGAAACGCGAAGUAAAAGUGUUCGAGAGUUGGCUCAAGAUGCCAAAGAAGGACAGAAGGAGGACCAGGAUGUCUUAAGUUAUUACAGGUACCAACUAAACCUCUUUGCCCGCAUGUGCCUGGACCGGCAGUACUUGGCCAUUAAUGAAAUCUCCGGCCAGCUAGAUGUGGAUCUUAUUCUCCGCUGUAUGUCUGAUGAGAAUCUUCCGUUCGACCUGCGAGCCUCAUUCUGCAGAUUGAUGCUUGCACAUGCAUGUGGACCGAGACCCCCAGGAACAGGUGACCCCUGUGAAAUACGCCCGCCUCUGGUCGGAGAUACCUUCAGAAAUCGCUAUAGAUGACUAUGACAGCAGUGGGACAUCGAGGGACGACAUAAAGGAGAGAUUCGCUCAGACGAUGGAGUUUGUGGAAGAAUAUUUGAGGGAUGUGGUCGGGCAGAGAUUUCCCUUCUCCGAUAAAGAGAAGAACAAGUUGACGUUUGAGCGACCUUCUCCGGCUGACCAAGAUCCUUCUGGCCAUCCUCGACUGCGUGCACCUGACUGCUAA